UCCUCGUCCGUUGUCUCUUUUUAGAAUAAUAUUUUUCCGUGUGCAAAGUGUCGUGUGCAAAACAGCAAAAUUGAGCGCCAAGGAGAAACGUGGUCUACAGGGUUGAGGAGGCGAGGAGCGGUGAGGAGAGAUUAUUGAGAGGUGAGGUGCAAAGUGGUGUGGUUUUUACAAUCCAGUUUGCAAGAGAAACAAGAACAAGCCCGGACACUAUGGGUGACAGCAGCUGCUACAAGUGUGGAAAGCCAGGCCACUUUGCCCGGGAGUGUCGAAGUGGAGGAGGAGGAGGAGGUGGAGGUGGCAGAGGGGGAUUCAGAGGAGGAAGAAGAGGGGGUGGUGGUGGUGAAAGGUGUUACAACUGUGGAAAGUCUGGACACUUUGCCAGGGAAUGCACCAACGAGCCCCAGGAGCGCCGCAGUGGUGGCGGCGGAGGUGGUGGGGGUGGUGCCUGCUAUACGUGCGGAGAGGAGGGCCAUAUAGCUCGAGAGUGCCCCGACAGAGAGACCCGAGGCGGUGGUGGUGGUGGUGGUGGUGGAGACAGGGAAUGUUACAACUGUAACAGGACCGGACAUCUGGCCAGGGACUGCCCAGACGGGCGCCGCGGUGGUGGUGGCCGGGAUCAGACGUGUUACAACUGCGGUGAAGCCGGACAUCUCUCCCGAGAAUGUAGAAGCAGCAGUAAGAACGUCAAAUGUUACAACUGUAACGAGAUGGGACACUACGCCCGCGACUGCCCCGCCGAAGAUUAGAGUCCAUGCAGCCUGCAAAUCGCGACCUUCGUGGAAACUUCUAGCAACUUUGUGAAAAAAAUUCAAAUUCUUAUAAUGUACAUGAAUCUUGUGUAAAGGCGCAUCAAUUUUGUUUUGUUUGGUAGUGGAUAUUAAUUACGAAGCCUUGAUAUGAUUUACUUUGUCUAAAGAUUGUGAAGACAAGUAAAUUAAGUUUUGUUUUGUACUUUGUUGUAGAGAUGAAGACAUUGUGAAUCAUAUUUAGGAUCUAUUUGUGAUGAGAACAGUAUAUCAUUUUGUAAUGUUAAUCCAUUUCUGAUAUUGUGUAGCAAUGAGGAGACACUGUCUAUGGUAAACAGAUUGUAUUUAACUGUUUUUUGAUUGUUUGCCCUUUUCUCACUAUAUCAGAACCAAGAGAAGAUAACUUUCAAGAGAAAUUGUUAGAGAAAAUUACUUUACUUAAAAGUUUGUGUUAGAUGUUAUAACUUUUGAAUUUUUGAAGCAUAAUGUGAAUCUAAGGGGGUAUUUUUUUUUUUUUUUUUUUUUUUUUUUUUUUUUUUGAUCUUUGUUCAAAGAAGAAAAAUGUGUCAAAAUAUUUGAAAAAAUUUUGAAAUAUUUCCAAAAUUCUAGAAAGUUAUCAUAGUUAUCUGCUCUUGAGUUGCCCUCCAAGUUGUUAUGAAUUAUAAAUAAGAUCAUUUUUUUUCCCGAGUGAUUUAAGGUGUUUACUGUGAUGGUGAUCACAACUUGGAGGGUUUAUGGAAUCUGUACAUAAUGAUUUUCUAUGUUAAUUAUAACUCCAGAGGUCGUGCGAUGUUGUAGAUUUGGUUGGGGAGACAUCCAUUCCAAUCUCGAGUUUUCCACCUAUAAAUGGCUCGCUUGUGUAGUCUGUGGACCUGUCCGAUUUAUCGUGGGAGGGAGAAAAUAAUCUUUGUGGCACUCAGAUGAAAUCGUUACACGAAACGGGGAUGUAAAAAGAGUUGUUUGGUCUUGUGAAAAUUCAGAUAGGUCCAAUUGUUUUCUAAGGGUUGGUCAAGUCUUGUUUUAUUGGCAUCAGAGGUACAUGUGUUUAGCUGUUAACGAUUAUAGUAUACAAUGGAUUAGAGGUGUAUUCCAAGUUUUGAAAAAUUUAAUUCAACAUGUAAAUAUCUGAAGGUAGAAAAGACAAAUCGGAACUUUUUUUUUACCAAUAGUGAGAACAUCUUGGAAAGUGUUUUGAGUAAUUUACAGGGGAAGUUGUUAUUUUUGUACAAUUUUUGUUAUUGAAGGUUGAAGUUUUUUUUUUUUUAAUCUGUGGAAGUCGAGUACAAAGUAUCUAGUGUACGAGGGAAGUUCACCUUGUACGCACCAAAAAAAUAGUAAAAUGUGCAAUUCUCAUAAUACAUAUAUUCCAAUCACAUAUUCAAGGGGAAAAAAAAUGGGGAACCUCGAAUAAAAAAGGAGCCCAGCUUUUUUUUUUCCCUUGAAGAUCAAAAAGAAUUUUGCCCAAUGAAACCAAUAUCAUUAUGAAAUUUUUAAACUGCCAAAUGCAGAAUUCGUGUUCAGUGACGGAGGGUUGUUGACGGUUGUUCAUUGGGCAAAGUUCUGAACGUUGAGGUGGUGAGCGUGGCGGGAGAUAAUGUGGUCUCCGGAUGGGCGACGGGCGGUGGCUACUUGGUGGUUCCGCCCGGUCGCCCAUCACACUGUAGAGGAGGAGUCAAGGAAACACACUCUCAAAGGCAGCUGAAUCAGUGACCCAAUUAGAAGGAGUUUUUGUAUAUUUAUGAUGUAUUCUUUUUUAUUUUUUAAGUAGCCUGAAUUGGCUUGCGAAUUAAUUUUUUAAUCAACUUUGUUUGCUGAUAUGUAUUAUCAUCAUGAAAUUGUUUAAAGGAAAAUGCAUGCAAAAUUUAUUACUCGUAGCCUUAAAGGUGUUGUGUGUAACGAGUAUAUUUUAGACGGCUAACUUUUGGAUCAUGCGCUCAAAGCGAAUUACAGAGGCAUUCAAGGUUGAUUUUGUGCUCACUGCUGCAGAAGAAAUUGUUUUAAUGUUUUUGGCAGUAUUGUGUAAGCAGCAGAUAUAUUUAGUUGAUUAAGAUUGGAAGUGAUCGAAAAUAAAUAUAUUAACAAAGGAA